AUGGUAGCCCAGACACCGCAACAAAGAAAGGCAAAUGAGAGAUUUGCCAAGCAGGAAUCUGCGAAGCGUGGUAAAGGGAAGAUCCUCGCGAAGCCAAAGCAGACUUCGAGGUCACCCGUGUCUACAGGCUGGUUGGUCAUCCUUGCGUUUGUCGUCUGUGGCGGAUUCUUCCUCGAGUUUCUGGGGAUUAUACCAAAACUGUGGUCAGCCAUUGUCGCAAGUUUCAGCCGCUUGAUGCUUUGA